AUGAUGGAUAUUAAAGUAAACACACAAAAUGAAGAUAAACAGCAGGACAACGUGGCUCAAAAAACUGGGCCAAGUGACGAGGUCACAUUGAAGAAGAUGUGGGAUAGGCAUGAACAGCUCAUAGCCGAUCUGAUCACUUACAUGAAGGAGAAGAGGAGCAUCAACGCUCAUUGUCGAGAGAGGGCCAGACGCGAACGCUCACUGAAGGCACCGCGACCUCGAUGGACUCGGAGUUGGAGGGAAACAGCUCUGCUCUCUGAUAACAAGUCUUCCAAGAUGAAGAGGAAGUCUCGAGAUUCACCACCAACGGAUACUAGGGACCUCAAGAAGAAGGAAGAUGAGAUGAAGGCCGCUCAUGCCCCGAACAAGAAGGAGGACGGACUUGCAAAUUCAUCGAAGUGGGAGCAGGUCAAGCCGAAGAAGAAGAGGCAGAAAACGCAGCCGCCAGAAAAGCGCAAGGAAAAGGAGAAAAAGAAGCAGUGGGCAGCAGUCAUGAGGCCCAACGCUUUGAUUGUACACCCGAAGGACAAGCAGCAGUACUCGCAGGUGCUCAAAUGA